AUGUCUUGCACCCUGGACACAGGCGGCAUAGUUGCAAUUGUUGGCAUUGCUGCAGAACUACCUAGCGGCCCUGCAUGUCCUUCCAAUCUAGACUAUCAUGUAUUUUGCCGUCUCUUGCUAAAGAAGGGCAAAGCAUACCAGACUAUACCUGUAGAGCGUUUCAAUAUUCAUGGAAUCAAAGGAAAGGGGCUGGGUCAAGUUGUGACCGACACGGGGGCAUUUUUGAAAGCCGUCGAAUCGUUUGAUUAUAUGGAGUUCGGUAUCACAAACAAGGACGCAACUUCGAUGGCGCUGAGCACACGUAAACUGAUCGAAACCAGCUUCCUAAGUCUUGUCGACUCGGGCAUUGAUUACAGGGGGAAGAAUAUCGGGUGCUACAUGAGCGGGGUGGCCCAUGACAGUGUUUCUGUGGCUGGUCACGAGGAUGCCGAUAAGCAGGGCUCAUUUGGGUUCGCACCAGCCAUGGUCGCGAAUCGUGUGUCAUACCAUCUCGAUCUCCGUGGUCCGUCGGUCGCGCUGGACACCGCCUGCAGCUCAUCGCUGUAUGCAAUGCACCUCGCCGUGCAGGCUCUACGCAAUGCAGAGUGCGAGGCAGCUCUUGUUGGCGGCUGUCAAAUCAAUCACAGGAUGGCAGAAUGGUUGGCAUACACACAAGGAGGAGUAUUGUCAUCCGAUGGAGAAUGCAAGCCUUUCGAUGCAAACGCGGAUGGGUUUGGGCGAGGAGAGGGUGCCAUUGUAGUGGUAUUGAAGACGCUACAGAACGCUCUUAAAGACAAUGACAAGAUAUAUUCAACAGUAAGGAGUUCUCAACAAAUACGCGCAAUAUUGAAUGGUCGUAUAGAUUCUCGGAACCGGCGAUCUCUAGGUCCCGUUAAUGCUGCCGUAGCGUCUGCGCAAAAGAAUGCUAUGCUGCGUGCAUUUGCUCAAGCAGGGCGUCGUCCGUGUGAUGUGGACUACGUGGAGCUCCAUGCGACCGGUAGCACUGCACAGGGGGAUCCGACAGAAUCCAAUUGGGUGGGCGAAACUUUCCAGAGAGAAAGAGAGCUGAUAAUUGGCAGUGUGAAGGGAAACAUAGGGCACCUUGAGAUCGCGGCUUUCCUUGCUUCUCUCUGCAAAGUAUGCUUAAUGGUCCGAACCAGGCUGAUCCCGCCCACCGCGAACCUUCUAGUGCCUAAUCCGAGCAUACAAUGGGGCAAGUACAACCUACGCGUCGCAACCGAAGUUGAGCCAUUGCCUUGCUUCGCCCCGAAUGGGCGACAUCUUAUAUCGCUGGCGAGCUCUGGCAUUGGAGGUGCAAACGGACACUGCGUUGUUGAAGGACCCCCGAGUGAGCGCCGCCGCUCCCCGCGCAUAUGGAAAAGCGAGCGACCGCCUCCAUGGCUUCUCGUCGCUAGCGGGUUGUCUCCAAAGUCUGCAAUUGCCGUCCAAGACUUGCUAUGUCAGACGGACCCUCGCGAUCAUGGGGCGCUGUCCCGCAUUUACGGCCGGCGAUCGCGCUCAAUGUUCUGGCGCUCAUACGCACUCUCAAACGAUGGCCAGCUCUCGUCGUUCUCUCCGGCAACGCUGGCGCCUAAGGAGAAGCCUCCACUUGUGUUCGUGUUCUCAGGGCAAGGUUCGCAACAUUACGAAAGUCACACUGGGCUUUUCACAGAGAACCAGCAAGAGCGUGACCUCGGCAAUCCUUGGUCAAUCGAGACUACCCUGCCUGCAUUGACCAUCUUCCAACUGGCACUCUACGAGACACUCCUUAGGCUGGGUAUUCGCCCGCAUAUUGUUCUUGGUCACUCGGCUGGGGACACUGCCGUUCUGGCAGCAUCGAGCAUGGGCUCGAGGGCGAUGGCGAUAGAAAUCGCGAUUGCUCGGGGAAAGGCCAUGGCUAGGCUAGAUAAAGAAGGUGGGACGAUGGCAGCUCUCGCAUGCUCUGUGGAAACAGUACUCCAGCUCAUCACCAGCGACACUGAGCAAGGAAGCAUGGAAAUCGCAUGCUACAAUAGUCCCAGUGCGGUCACUAUUUCUGGUCAUGCCUCUCGUGUCCACAGUGUUGUGAGAGCAGCAUCAGAGAUUGGAAUCUUCGCGCGCGUACUCCGCACGAGGACACCAGUACAUUCGUCCCUGAUGGAAGCUUGUCACGAAGAGUACCGGCGGCUUGUCGCUGAGGUAUUCUCAAGGCAUUCGAGGUCAGCACCCGUGAUAACAACAUACUCUUCCUAUACUGGCGUACAGACGAACACAUCGUUCGACGCAGACUACUUCUGGGACAGCGCUCGCGGACCUGUUCAGUUCUCCACUGCCAUACAUGCGAUCCUUGAGACGGCGCCGAACGCGAUAUUCGUCGAGGUGGGGCCUCACCCGGUGCUGUGCACAUACAUUUCAUCAAUGUCUGGCGAUACACACCGUGCCUUGUCCCCUACAAAACGGACGGAAAAGGGCGAGGAGUGCUACAACCUGAUAGAUUUCCUGGGCCAGUUGGUAGUCGCGGGUUACACCGGCAUCGAUUUUGAUGCGUUGGGCUGCGCUGGAGAUCCAGACGUGGACGUGCCUCCUUUCCCACUCAGUAGACGAGAGGUUCCCUAUCUAGCGCCAACCCCAGAAGCGAUCAGACAGCGACAAGAACGUAACGGGCCUUUGAACUAUCCGCAGCUUCGCAUCAAUUCUAGGACCCACCCAGCAUUGGCGGAGCACAUAAUCAAGAAUGAACCGACCAUGCCGGCCGCUGGCUACAUUGAGAUGACAGGCCGAAGCAUGUUGCUGUUCAACUGGAGGGCAGUCGAUGGAGCAUCCGCAGUGCGUCGUCUGUGGAUUUUACGAAGAAAUGGCCGGUUGAGGGCCCACGAAUUCGUCGGAAACAAUGAUGAAGUCGAUCUGGAAAAAAUCAGAGCGCGGCUAAAGCGAGUCAACAUGAAAGACUUCUACCGUGGUUUUUCUUUCUUUGCGAACUACGGUCCAACAUACCAGAGGGUGACAUCAUGCCUCCGCGGUGUCGAUAUAUACGGGCGAAGUGAAGCGUUAGUAGAGGUGCGCGGUAUCGACGAUGACUUGCCAGGUGCAGAAACCUACCGCAUACAUCCAGCGAUAUUGGACGCUGCGCUGCACAUCAUGGUGCAUCCGAAUUUCAACGGGUGCAAUGACAAGCAUCGAUACUAUCUCUCGUCUACAUGCGGAUCUUUCACCCUGCAUAACAUGGUGCUCUCAGAGCCUUUUCCAAGAACGGUCUUUGCUCAUGUCGUGAUGACACAGUGGUUUCCAGAUUCCAUUACAUACGAAUGUCUCCUGAUCAAGGAGGAUGGUACGCCGUUGUGCACAUUGCAGGACAUGACAUGUGCGCUGCACGGUCACGGGGAGCCUUUGAUGCAGCGCUUCCAACUAGUAUACGCGCCGACCGAUGUGCCCUUGAGCGCUGCUCUGGGAGUCCUAGAAAGUGAAGAUCAAGAUAUAAGGCAGUGCACUAAGCGCUAUACCCUUCAGCCGGUUUCACACGAAGGGCUCGCUGUACCCCUUGAUACCGGCUCUCUAGACGACGGCAUUGUGACCUUCAGCUCCGACUCGACCGAUCUGCUCAUCCACUACCGGCGAGGCGAGGAGAUAUCAUUGCAGAAGAUUUUGAAGAGCCUGGACCCCCUGGCUCCCUCAGCGCUAUGGCUCAUUGCGUCCGACGAUCUCGAUGGAUACGCCUGUCUUGGCCUCGCGAGAUCUCUCCGGAAAGAAUAUCGUGCUUGGGCCUUAUACACAGUACUCUUCGAUCGCGUAUGGACACGACGACACAGAGCAAAAGCUAUCGAAACCUUAAUGACGCGAGGUCGACUAUCCGAAGUGGAAAUGAUAAUUUCUGCAGACGGUGUAGUGACAAGCCCCAAGAUCUUACCGUUACCUCAAACGACACGCUCGACAGAGUUCAAUCCCGCUCUGCCUUGGAAACUCGAGAAUUCUCAAAUUUCCCACAUCACACUGCCGCCUCCCGCUAACGACUAUGUCACUGUGCGCGUUAUUGCAGUCACGACCGCAUACGGCUCGCUCCAAGGCUUCGUCGGAUGUGUAGCAGGCGUAGAUGACGAGGCCUCGGUGGAUUCUCAGGAAUAUGCUACCAAGAACAAGGCACUAUCUGUCGUUGCCUGCGUCGUAGCUGCACUUGCUGUAGGAGUGGCCUCGUUUUCACAUCCGCAACGCUUGAAGCAGACCAAGAUAUUGGUCGACGAGGGCGAUGGAGACUUGUGCCACCAGAUCAUUGAAAUUAUCGUGACUGGGGUUACGGACGAUUCACUCCUUAGCGUUUACAAGGAGAUGGCGGGGAGUCACAGCUCUGUCUUCGCGUGGCGUCAUCCCCAGACGGGCGUUGCGCGCGUGAUCGAGACGGAUCCGUGUGCUAUCGGCGAUGCCCUCAAUGCCAGCCUACCUUAUACGGGUAUGACGGAACUAUACACGCAGCCGCUCCUCUUGGUAGAUCACAUACCGCCAGAGGUGCCAUUAAGGACAGAUCUAUUUGAGCGUAGCAAAUCAUACCUCUUGAUAGGAGGCGUGGGUAGCCUAGGCGUACACAUCGCAGCAUGGAUGCAUCAGAAUGGAGCACGGGAAAUCGUUCUAACAUCGCGAUCAGACCGUCAGGGUUUAACCAGGAAGGGGGACUAUCUGUCGCAAGCGAUCUUGAGGUAUCUCGAGAAACUCCCGGACUUGACACUGAGAACGAGACGGGCAGACGCCCUCUCGGAAGAAGAUAUGCGUGGCUUGGUGCAAAGUCUCAAGCACCCUCUGGGUGGCUGCUUCAUUCUGACGGCUAUUUUGAUCGAUCAUACAUUUGCUAUGCUGACGCAGGCUGAAUUCGACUCCCCAUUCAAAGCAAAAGACGAAGUAUUCGGUACUCUAAAGAAGAUCGUACCGAUUGAGAGCCUUGAUUUUCUCAUCGCAUUUUCAUCGGUGAGCGGGUUGUUUGGAAACGCAGGUCAGACCAACUAUGCUGCGGCGAACACCGCGUUGUCGGGCAUGCUGCAGGAGUACAAAAACGCAACAUCCUUUAUUUGUCCCAUCAUCACGGAUGCCGGCGUCUUCCUAACGCAAUCCGGAGAUUCAUAUAUGUCUCGUAUAAGGCACCUGAGCGAUUGGGGAAUGUCAUGCCGAGUUUUAGAUCUCUGUGCCUAUAUUGAGGAUGUCAUAUUGAGACUACGCGAUGGCCCCGUCUGGCAGUACAUCCCUGCGUUCGAUUGGAAUGCCGUCAGCGCAAGCAUGGGGCCCUCCUCCAUGUAUAACCAUAUAGUAGACGCAUCCGCGCUCGACGUUCAAGGCCAGCCUGCUCCUGACAAGGCAGAAGGGUUGCGCGACAUUGUCUCUCGGCUGCUAGAUAUUGCCUCAGAAGACCUAUCACUGGACGUCCCGCUGACUGCAUACGGCCUUGACUCCCUUACGGCGGCAUCACUGUCAUUUGCACUACGUGAUCUACUACCGAUCUCGCAGAUCCAGCUUCUGUCCGGUAUGACUCUCGCAAACCUCUUAACUCUCCUGUCGGCACGUUUAGCUCAAAAUCCGUCCUCCACAACGGCAAGCACCACAGAUUCGCAUGGAAUCCGCGAGUGUCAUCACAAAGUUCGAGAAAUGACACAAUUGGUCCAUAAAUACGGCACAUUUCCGCGUAGAGAAAUGCCGCUCACAUCGACGAAGUCCAGGUCUCAGAAAGUCGUCCUCGUCACUGGAGUAACUGGCCGCGUCGGCGCACAUGUUCUCAAAGAACUGCUGGAGGAUACCGACGUCGAACUACAGAUCGAGCGGACCAUUACGCAUGUGAUACAUCUUGAAAGGCCCAUUGAAGACGCGUCCGUGGCCGUGGGCUCCGGAUACAGCGAAUCGAAAUGGGUGGCGGAGCGGCUAGUUCUCGAGGCAACCGCCCAACACUGCAUCAUGGGUACCGUAAUACGUAUCGGUCAAAUGUCUGGAGCAGCGAACGGCUGUUGGAAGACCUCUGAGUGGAUACCUGCGUUGGUCUCGGCUAGUUCUGCCCUCGGUUGCGUCCCAGACGGUACAGGAGAAGUUUCAUGGCUACCUGUGCACGUGGGCGCUGCAGCACUGGUCGAGAUGCUGGACUCAGAAGAGCCAGUCCUUCAUCUGCGACAUCCGCACCCCGUCCAUUGGUCAGACAUCAUGCAAUGUAUUGCGGUGUCACUCAAGGUGCCGAUGGUACCUUAUCAAGAAUGGAUCGGGCUUCUUGAGGGGAGCCUCAUGCAGCCCAUGGAUCGAGGUGUCGAGGUGUAUUUGGAGCCCGCAAUCCGCAUCCUUGAUUGGCUGCGUCUAGGCGUCCAGUCGACCAAGAAUGCGGAUCACCGAAGAGACAACAAUGGCCUGUCGUUUACUAUGGCCAUAGAUCUGGGUUGUGCUGCGUCAACUACUCUUCGAGACUCCGUCCUAACGCCCCUGGGGCCCACGGACGUCGACCGGUGGAUGAGAUUUUGGAGGAUUAAUGGUGCAAUUGUAUCGUGA